GUGAUGAAUAGGACCUCACACAGCCACUAAAGCUCUCUUUCUGAAGACAGCAACUCAGCUCAGCUCAUCACUAACCACAGCACCACAGAAGAAGAGAUGUCCCAGAUCAGAGCUGCUGUGAUAGUGCUGCUUGUGCUCCUGGCUGUGGGGCUGUUCACUACUGAGGCUUCUGCAGCUAAACAAGGUCAAUAUUCUGCUGUCAAAGUUUAGUCUUAGUCCGUCCGUCUGUCUGUCUGUAUGCCUCUGUCUCCCUCUCUCCAAGUUUAGUCUUAGUCCGUCUGUCUGUGUUAUUACUGGAAAACUGAAAGAAACUGUUGGACAAUUAGAGUAAUAUUUAGUCUUUAUCAAGAUUCCUCCUUAAUCGUUUAUUUGCUCCUUUUUUUACAGCACGUCGUAUAAGAGGCUGUUGUCAAAGCUACACUGGUAGGAAAAUACCUUUUGGCGUUAUCAUAGGCUAUACCCUACAGACCACGACUGAAAUCUGCAGAAUCCCUGCCAUCAUGUGAGUAUCUUUGGUGUGAAUAUUUAUUUUUUAAUUGAGGUUCAUGAUUCUUUACAGAACUUUAAAUAAUGUAGCAAGAAAAAUACCAUUAUACUGUAAUUAUAGUUUAAUGCAAAAAUGGGUUAAUAAUGCUGAAAGUGUAAAAACAGAGUGUUGAAUAUGGACUGACGGUAUUGUAUGCGUCUCUUCCAGAUUUCACACUGGAAAAGGGAAAGAUGUGUGUGCAGACCCUUCCCAGAGCUGGGUGAUCGAACAUGUCAACCGACUGGGGUAAGAAUGACUCUAAUAAAUAACAUUUCAACUGUAAUACUAUUUACACUUGAAUAAUAAAAGGGAUAUAGAAUAAAGUUGUUUAUUAUGAAUGGUACAAACAAAGUUGGUACUCAUGAAUGUAGACCCAUUGAACCUGUUUCAGAUUUUAGAACAGAUAAAACUCUAAAUUGGAGAUAUCGAGAGAAAAGAGUGGCCUUGAAAAAUGAAAAUAAUAUGAAUUUCUCUAAUCUAUUUUAGGGACAAGGCGGUUCACAUCAGGAAAUCACAGUCCUAAUCCGAUGAUGGGUACUCUGGAUACAGAGGAGCAGUACAUGUGUAUUCCACAGUCAGGAACUGAACAUGUUAAUAACCAAUGUAAAUCUCCCAUCCUGUUUCGUCUGCUAUACAGCUACUUAUAUCUUCUUAGUCCUAUAUUUUCUGGGCUGAAUUUAUAUAAAUAUAUUUUGUAAAUGUAAAAAAUCUUGUUAUAAUAUAACCUUUGUUUAUAUGCAUUAAGGUUACGAUCUCGUUGUAAGAGUAUCAGGAAACUAGAUGUUUAUACUUUUAUUCAUGAAAACAUUUGUUACUUUUUGUCACUGUUACUGUUACAUUUUAUAUCUAUAAUAAAUAUAUUAUAUUUUACUAAGAAUUCUCACUUGUUUAAUAGAAAGUUAGCAAAAAUAGACAAGAUCUUACUACCAUGGAAAGGAAAAUACCUGUCAAUUUGUGGAAAAAUCACCCUGAUUAACUCUUUAGUAUUAUCCCAGUUUACCUAUUUGCUUAUGGUCUUGCCUACGCCUAGCGAACAGUUUUUUGAAAUUAUAUGAGAAAAAAAUAUUCAAUUUUAUUUGGAACGGCAAGCCAGAAAAAAUUAAAAUAGCAUAUUUAUAUAAUGAAUAUGAAUUCGGAGGACAGAAAUUAUUAAAUAUUAAAGCAUUAGACCUAUCACUAAAAGCUUCAGUCAUACAAAAGUUAUACUUAAAUCCGAACUGGUUCUCAAGCAAAUUAGUAAGAUUGUCUCACCCAAUGUUCAAGAAAGGCCUUUUUCCCUUUAUUCGGAUUACAACCUCUCACUUUCAGUUAUUUGAAAAGGAAAUAAUCUCCCAAAUGUCACUAUUUCUAAAACAAGCCAUAGAAAGUUGGUUGCAAUUUCAAUUUAAUCCUCCAGAAACGACAGAACAAAUAAUGCAACAAAUAUUGUGGUUAAAUUCAAAUACACUAAUUGACAAAAAAACCUUUCUUUUUUGACAGAAUGUUUAAAAAAGGUAUAAUUUUCGUAAAUGAUAUCAUCGGUAGGACUGGUGGAGUUAUGUCGCACAUGCAGCUGACAAAAACAUAUGGAAAUGUCUGCUCUACCCAAAAUUACAACCAAAUAAUUGCAGCCUUACCGCAAAAGUGGAAGAGGAAAGUGGAAGGGGGAGAAAGUAAGGAACUUGUCUGUCGGCCUUGCAUUAAAGAACAUAAUUGGUUAAGGAAAACUGUGAUAAAUAAAAAAGUAUAUCAGUUUCACUUAAGGACCAAAGGAUUGACAGCCGUCCCAUAUAGAUUGCAAAAUAGUUGGGAAGAGAUCUUUGACGUACCGAUCCCAUGGCAUAGUGUUUAUGAACUGACACGCAAAACGACACCGGAUUCAAAAAUUAGAAUCUUUCAAUUUAAAUUAUUAUAUAAAAUUCUUGCUACCAAUAGAAUGUUAUUUAUAUGGGGGAUACAAUCUUCCCAGCUCUGCAGAUUUUGCUGUGAAGAGACAGAAUCAUUAGAUCGUUUGUUUUGGUUCUGUCCAUUUGUAGCUUGUUUUUGGACACAGGUCCAGGAAUGGCUAAAGGAUUGCAAUAUUUACCUGGAACUAACCUUGCAGAUAGCAUUACUGGGUGAACUGAAAAGUCAUAGUCAAUCAAUCAAUAAUAUAAUAAUACUUUUAGCAAAAAUGUUUAUUUUUAAUUCACAAUCUGUAGAAGCAAUGAGAAUAGAAAGGUUCAGAACUUUUGUAAAACAUCACAGUACGGUUGAAAUAUAUAUGGCAAAUAGAAAUCCUAUAUGGAUGGUGUUAAGAGAUAGAUGGGAGGUAUUGAAUAGAGUUGAAGGAUGGGACUAAUAACAAAUAACAACAAAUAAUAACAAAGAUAGCUAAUAAUGUAAGCAUACUGUGUCCAUAAUAAGUAUAUAGGUUGUAUGUUGGGAGCUUUUGGGAAAGAGCACAGUUAGAAAGAUAUGGCAUAUAGAAGCAAACCGAAUGGACAUCAUGAAAAUGAUCGGAGAGGUUGAGAGUAGAAGAAGUUCAGGAGCAAUAAAAAAUAUAUAUAUAUGGGCGGCAGGUAGCUUAGUGGUUAAGAGCGUUGUGCCAGUAACCGAAAGGUCGCUGGUUCUAAUCCCCGAGCCGACUAGGUGAAAAACCUGUCGCCCUUGAGCAAGGCACUUAACCCUAAUUGCUCCUGUAAGUCGCUCUGGAUAAGAGCGUCUGCUAAAUGACCAAUUUAUUUAUAUACAGUGGGGAGAACAAGUAUUUGAUACACUGCCGAUUUUGCAGAUUUUCCUACUUACAAAGCAUGUAGAGGUCUGUAAUUUUUUAUCAUAGGUACACUUCAACUGUGAGAGACGGAAUCUAAAACAAAAAUCCAGAAAAUCACAUUGUAUGAUUUUUAAGUAAUUAUUUUGCAUUUUAUUGCAUGACAUAAGUAUUUGAUACAUCAGAAAAGCAGAACUUAAUAUUUGGUACAGAAACCUUUGUUUGCAAUUACAGAGAUCAUACGUUUCCUGUAGGUCUUGACCAGGUUUGCACACACUGCAGCAGGGAUUUUGGCCCACUCCUCCAUACAGACCUUCUCCAGAUCCUUCAGGUUUCGGGGCUGUCGCUGGGCAAUAUGGACUUUCAGCUCCCUCCAAAGAUUUUCUAUUGGGUUCAGGUCUGGAGACUGGCUAGGCCACUCCAGGACCUUGAGAUGCUUCUUACGGAGCCACUCCUUAGUUGCCCUGGCUGUGUGUUUCGGGUCGUUGUCAUGCUGGAAGACCCAGCCACGACCCAUCUUCAAUGCUCUUACUGAGGGAAGGAGGUUGUUGGCCAAGAUCUCGCGAUACAUGGCUUCAUCCAUCCUCCCCUCAAUAAGGUGCAGUCGUCCUGUCCCCUUUGCAGAAAAGCAUCCCCAAAGAAUGAUGUUUCCACCUCCAUGCUUCACGGUUGGGAUGGUGUUCUUGGGGUUGUACUCAUCCUUCUUCUUCCUCCAAACACGGUGAGUGGAGUUUAGACAAAAAAGCUCAAUUUUUGUCUCAUCAGACCACAUGACCUUCUCCCAUUCCUCCUCUGGAUCAUCCAGAUGGUCAAUGGCAAACUUCAGACGGGCCUGGACAUGCGCUGGCUUGAGCAGGGGGACCUUGCGUGCGCUGCAGGAUUUUAAUCCAUGACAGCGUAGUGUGUUACUAAUGGUUUUCUUUGAGACUGUGGUCCCAGCUCUCUUCAGGUCAUUGACCAGGUCCUGCCGUGUAGUUCUGGGCUGAUCCCUCACCUUCCUCAUGAUCAUUGAUGCCCCACGAGGUGAGAUCUUGCAUGGAGCCCCAGACCGAGGGUGAUUGACCGUCAUCUUGAACUUCUUCCAUUUUCUAAUAAUUGCGCUAACAGUUGUUGCCUUCUCACCAAGCUGCUUGCCUAUUGUCCUGUAGCCCAUCCCAGCCUUGUGCAGGUCUACAAUUGUAUCUCUGAUGUCCUUACACAGCUCUCUGGUCUUGGCCAUUGUGGAGAGGUUGGAGUCUGUUUGAUUGAGUGUGUGGACAGGUGUCUUUUAUACAGGUAACGAGUUCAAACAGGUGCAGUUAAUACAGGUAAUGAGUGGAGAACAGGAGGGCUUCUUAAAGAAAAAUUAACAGGUCUGUGAGAGCCGGAAUUCUUACUGGUUGGUAGGUGAUCAAAUACUUAUGUCAUGCAAUAAAAUGCAAAUUAAUUACUUAAAAAUCAUACAAUGUUAUUUUCUGGAUUUUUUAGAUUCCGUCUCUCACAGUGGAAGUGUACCUAUGAUAAAAAUUACAGACCGCUACAUGCUUUGUAAGUAGGAAAACCUGCAAAAUCGGCAGUGUUUUUUAACACUGUCCAUAAGGUGUAGAUAGUAAGUAUAGACCGGAAGUAGAGGCCUGGGCAUUGUUGUUCACUAAUUUACUCCAAGUAGGGAAAGGAUGGUGGGGUUGAAAAGUAAUAAAGGGGAGUAUAUAUAUGAAAAAAAAAAAAAACAUGGGGGAUUGGAAGUGAUGCAGACAAUUACAUUGAUAGAAGAUACAAUCUAUCUGCAAUAUUAAGCUGAUCCAUUCCCAAAAAAUAAUAGUGGUGAGAGGAAGAGGAACCUUGGACAGCACAAUGACAGAUACUAACUGAUGAAAUAGACAGAUAGAGAAGAUAUUGUACAGUAAUUGUGGAGGACACUGCAGUGGUUGAAUGUAGUAACUGUGGAGGACACUACACCAUGAGAGGUCACCAGUGGGUGGAUGUAGUAACUGUGGAGGACACUACGCCAUGAGAGGUCACCAGUGGGUGGAUGUAGUAACUGUUGAGGACACUACACCAUGAGAGGUCACCAUUGGGUGGAUGUAGUAACUGUGGAGGACACUACACCAUGAGAGGUCACCAGUGGGUGGAUGUAGUAACUGUGGAGGACACUACACCAUGAGAGGACACUGCAGUGGUUGAAUGUAGUAACUGUGGAGGACACUACACCAUGAGAGGUCACCAGUGGGUGGAUGUAGUAACUGUGGAGGACACUACACCAUGAGAGGUCACCAGUGGGUGGAUGUAGUAACUGUUGAGGACACUACACCAUGAGAGGUCACCAGUGGGUGGAUGUAGUAACUGUGGAGGACACUACACCAUGAGAGGUCACCAGUGGGUGGAUGUAGUAACUGUGGAGGACACUACACCAUGAGAGGUCACCAGUGGGUGGAUGUAGUAACUGUGGAGGACACUACACCAUGAGAGGUCACCAGUGGGUGGAUGUAGUGACUGUUGAGGACACUACACCAUGAGAGGUCACCAGUGGGUGGAUGUAGUAACUGUGGAGGACACUACACCAUGAGAGGUCACAAGUGGGUGGAUGUAGUAACUGUGGAGGACACUACACCAUGAGAGGUCACCAGUGGGUGGAUGUAGUAACUGUUGAGGACACUACACCAUGAGAGGUCACCAGUGGGUGGAUGUAGUAACUGUGGAGGACACUACACCAUGAGAGGUCACCAGUGAGUGGAUGUAGUAACUGUUGAGGACACUACACCAUGAGAGGUCACCAGUGGGUGGAUCACUCUCACAAUGCUUCUUAUAAAAACACUCGUAUUCCAAAGGCCUUGUAUAGAUGACAUACAGUACAUUCACUUUGUAUGUGUCUAUGGUGUUUAAGCUCCAAGCUGAUAUUUUUAGAUUACAUUGAAAUCUACAUAGACCUGGCCUUUGUGGUUGUAUACAAUGUACCGUAACCUCUACCUGGCUAACUACAGGAGUUUCUUACACCUGUUUCUCCUUGUUCCUUUGAAGGUUUUAGGCAAGAGUUGCCCACGUUGUGACAAAUGCAUAUUCCUUCAAAGCAAUCAGAUAUCUGACUAUUUACAAGAUCUAUUCAUAUUCAUCUAUAAAGGUUGCACAACCAAGAGGAGCCAACGACACCAGCACUGAGUCGUCAAUCAGUGUUUAAUUCCCAAAUUCCAAACUGUGUCACAACACACACUGAUGUCUCUACUUUCAAAGCAGUGAAAUUCCAGUUCUGGAAGUUUUCUCAUUCUGCAUUUGCAACCAAAUGAUUUUCCUAUGAAAAUUCAAUAGUUCAACACAUGAACAAUGAGCAAUUGACAGUGAUCAGUGAACAAAAUCAUCAAAACAUUUCAAAUAGACAGGUAGUUGACAAUAGAUUAUUAGUAGCAUGAAUUUGUGCUUUCCUGUGGUGAUUUCAGUCAUAUAAUUAUUAUUCUAUGGUUACAGUCAUCAAAGAUUCAAUUGCAUUGAAUUGCAAAGAUCUGAUCCAAUGAUUUACUGCCGUAGGGCGGCAUGCAGCUAGUAUAAAUAUAUAGGUCAAUUUACAGCAAGAAAAUACAUAGUUAUCUUCAUAUUUGCUAAACAGAAUAUAUUUGUUAGGCCUAGUCCAUUGGAAAAUCAAAUAGGAAUAUCAAACAUCUGAGGUAUGAAAACACCAUAUACUCUGCAUCUCAGAUAGAGAUGGAAAUCACAAUUCAGAAGCAUGGCCCGACAAAGAGGGCUGCCUUGCUUCUAGCUCUUAGGAAACUUAGCAGUAUUUAGUUUUUUUCUGUAUUAUUUUUUACGUUAUUAGCACAGAAAAUGGUUUGUGUUAUUACAUACAGCCGGGAAUAACUAUUGGAUAUCAAAGAGGCGGUAACUCACCAGCACUACCAGCAUUACGGCCAGGAAUACGACUUUCACAAAGCGGAUCCUUUGUUCGCACCCUCCAGGGCAAUUGAAAUGAUUCCAGAGGCCGACCCAAAACAACGCUGGAGGAGAGGUACUCGGAACGGCCGUGUUGUCCGACUCAGGAGGCGUGCACACCACCCACCGCUUCCGAGUAUAUUACUCGCUAAUAUUCAGUCUCUGGAUAAUAAAGUUGACGAGCUCAGGGCGAGGGUUUCUUUCCAGAGAGACAUCAGGGAUUGUAACAUCCUCUGUUUCACGGAAACAUGGCUCUCUCGGGAUAUACUGUCCGAGUCGGUCCAGCCAGUUGGGUUCUCAGUUCAUCGCGCAGACAGGAAUAAAUAUCUCUCCGGGAAGCAGAAGGGCGGAGGUGUAUGUUUCAUGGUGUAAUUGUGAUAACAUACAGGAACUCAAGUCCUUUUGUUCACCCGACCUAGAAUCCCUCACAAUCAAAUGCAGACCGUAUUAUCUCCCAAGAUAAUUUUCUUCAGUUAUAGUCACAGCCGUGUUUAACCCCACUCAAGCCGAUACCACGACGGCCCUCAAAGAACUUCACUGGACUCUAUGUAAACUGGAAACCACAUAUCCUGAGGCUGCAUUUAUUGCAGCUGGGUAUUUUAACAAAGCAAAUUUGAGGAAAAGGUUGCCAAAUUUCUAUCAACACAUCGACUGUAGUACUCACGCUCCUAAAACACUCGACCACUGCUACUCCAACUUUCGGGAUGCAUACAAGGCCCUCCCCCGCCCUCCUUUCGGCAAAUCUGACCACGACUCCAUUUAGCUCCUCCCUUCCUAUAGGCAGAAACUCAAACAGGAAGUGCCCGUGCUAAGGACUAUUCAACGCUGGUCUGACCAAUCAGAAUCCACGCUUCAAGAUUGUUUUGAUCACGUGGACUGGGAUAUGCUCCUGAUAGCUUCAGAGAAUAAUAUCGAAGUAUAUACUGAUACGGUGACUGAGUUUAUCAGGAAGUGUAUAGGAGAUGUUGUACCCACUGUGACUAUUAAACCUAUGUUCUUUUUAUAUGGCUGCCAUGAAAGUGAACUGUGUUUGUGAUAACGGGUGUAUUCAUUCCGCCGAUUCUAUUGAAAAACGUUUCUUAAACGGAAGCAAACGGAACUAAACGGGGAUAAACAUACCUGAAUUUGUCCAAUAAAAAUUCUCAUUUGCAACUGUUGGACUAAUGAUUAUGCCCUAGAUCAGCUAUAUGCAGGCAAGAAGGUGCAAGGCGGUAUUGAAUGUGUCACUGUCUGUCACCAUGAUUACUCAAUUCUCUUGACCUGUGCAUCUACUUUUUAAACUUUCAUUCAUAGGCUAGGUUGUAGCAACCUCAUGAUUGGUACAGAGAAAAAAUGUGAGUAUCAUGUAGUAGCCUAAACCUAUCGAUGUUACAUUAAGCUGGGUGAAUGGAAUGUGAAUGACAGUCAUCCAAUAUGCUGUAAUGAAAAUAAGGCCAUGCUCAUUAAAAAAAAUAUCAUCCUGCCUCAUCUUAAACGGCACCAACCGCCACUGGAUGAAUCACUCUUCACCAUCUGGCAGUCUGACGAAUGAAUCUGGGUUUGGCAGAUGCCAGGAGAACGCUACCAGCCCCAAUGGAUAGUGCCAACUAUAAAGUUUGGUGGAGGAAGAAUAAUGGUCUGGGGCUGUUUUUCAUGGUUUGAGCUAGGUCCCUUAGUUCCAGUGAAGGAAAAUCUUAACGCUACAACAUACAAUGACAUUCUAGACGAUUCUGUGCUUCCAACUUUGUGGCAGCAGUUUGGGGAAGGCCCUUUCCUGUUAAAAGCAUGACAAUGAUUUUCUAGAAGUGUGGAGGCUGUUAUAGCAGCUAAGGGGGGACCAACUCCAUAUUAAUGCCCAUGAUUUUGGAUUGAGAUUGGGUCCACAUACAUUUGGUCAUGUAGUGUACGUUAGGGAUUGUGGACUGAAGUUCAAACAAGGAGGAGGAGAGUCAGAUAGAAACAUGAGAUAAUAUAUGUUAAAGUUAACCUGAAGGAACUUUUUACCUCUGUAACCGGACUGUCCCUUCACUUAUCAAAAGGAACAGAGCUCAACACAGACACGGAAAAUACAUCCUCACUGUAAGUUGCUGUUGCGCUGUGUGUGUGUGUGUUUGUUUGUGUGUGUGUGUGUAUUUGUGUGUGUGUGUGUGUGUAUUUGUAUUUGUAUUUAUAAUGGAUCUCCAUUAGUUCCUGCCAAGGCAGCAGCUACUCUUCCUAGGGUCCAGCAAAAAUUAAGGCAGUAACAUACAUUAUAAUAAAACAUGUAAACAUUCAAAUACACCUGACAACAGAUUUCACAAUACAUUAAGUGUGUUUCCUCCGGCCACUACUCUACUGCAACACAUAAUCCAGGUGUACGUGUGUGUAUAGUGUGUAUGUUUUGUGUGUUUGUACCUGUGUGUGUGUCUCUUCACAGUCCUUGCUGUUCCAUUAAAUGUAUUUGUAUCUGUUUUUUACAUCUGAAUGUACUGCUUACGUGAGUUACUUGAUGUGGAAUAGAGUUCCAUGUAGCCAUGGCUCUAUGUAGUGCUGUGUGCCUCCCAUAGUCUGUUCUGGACUUGGGGACUGUGAAGAGACCUCUGGUGGCAUGUCUUGUGAGGUAUGCAGGGGUGUCUGAGCUGUGUGCUAGUCGAUUAACCUCUUAAGGAUCGGACCCUUUUUAAAAAUGUUCGCCUAAAAUGACAUACCCAAAUCUAACUGCCUGUAGCUCAGGACCUGAAGCAAGGAUAUGCAUAUUCUUGAUACCAUUUGAAAGGAAACACUUUGAUGUUUGUGGAAAUGUGAAAUUAAUGUAGGAGAAUAUAAAACAUUAGAUCUGGUACAAGAUAAUACAAACAAAAAAACAUGUGUAUCUUUAAAAACUAAACAUUUGGCCACAAUAUAAUAUUGCAGUUUAGGCGCAAUUUAGAUUUUGGCCACUAGAUGGUAGCAGUGUGUCUGCAAAGAUUCAGAUUGAUCCAGUGAAGCAUUGCAAUACUGGACUAUUUUGUAUCAAGUCUGCCCAAAUAUGCCGAAUUGGUCAAUUGAUACACUUUCAAGUACAUAACCAUAGAGAACAUACAAAAAUGAUAUGGUAAUACAAAAUGUAAGUUUACACACUCCCAGGAAUGUCACACAUGAUAAAUCAUUAUCUUAUACACUAACUUUCACACAUCUAGAUGGCCGGAAGGGGUGAGUGUGGAGCCAGAGACAGCAAGGGUUCAAACUGUAGAACCCAGUUCCUACAUUUGAAUAUAAACAUUUAUUUGAUCAAACAAAACUAUGCUAUAUUUUAUCUCUGGUACCCUCAGGAUGACAAAUCAGAGUAAGAUUACUGAAUGUAAGUACAUUAUUUACCUUCAGAGGUGAAUGAAUCAAACCAGUUGCCGUGAUACGUUUUUUGUUGUUGUGCACUCUCCUCAAACAAUAGCAUGGUAUUUUUUCACUGUGAUAGCUACUGCAAAUUGGACAGUGUAGUUAGAUUAACAAGAAUGUAAGCUUUCUGCCCAUAUAAGACAUGUCUAUGACCUGGAAAGUUUGAUGUUACUUACACAGUCCAGUCAUGCUAAUCACAUUAGCGCACGUUAGAUAAACCGUCCCGUAUGUGGGACAUCGAUCCCAUAGAGGUUAAACAGACAACUCGGUGCAUUCAACAUGUCAAUACUUCUUACAAAAACAAUUAGUGAUGAGGUCAAUCUCUCCUCUACUUUGAGCCAUGAGAGAUUGACAUGCAUAUUAUUAAUGUUAGCUCUACGUGUACAUUUAAGGGCCAGCCAUGCUGCCCUGUUCUGGGCCAGUUGUAAUUUUCCCAAGUCCCUCUUUGUGGCACCUGACCACAUGACUGGGCAGUAGUCCAGCUGCGACAAAACUAGGGCCUGUAGGAACUGCCUUGUUGAUAUUGUUGUUAAGAAGGCAGAGCAGCGCUUUAUUAUGGACAUACCUCUCCCCAUCUUAGCUACUGUUGCAUGUUUUGACAAUGACAGUUUAUAAUCCAGGGUUACUACAAGCAGUUUAGUCUCCUCAAUUUGCUCAAUUUCCACAUUAUUCAUUCCAAGAUUUAGUUGAGGUUUAUGGUUUAAUGAAUGAUUUGUCCCAAAUAGAGGGCUUUUAGUUUUUGAAAUAUUUUGGACUAACUUAUUUCUUGCCACCCAUUUUGAACCUGACUGCAGCUCUUUGUUAGGUGUUGCAGUGAUUUCACUCACGGUAGUAGCUGACGUGUAUAAUGUUGAGUCAUCCGAAUACAUAGACACAUGGGUGUGUUUGUGUGUCUAUUAACCACCGGUCCUGGCAACCCACAUUGUGCACACCUGGCAACCAUCAUUGUGCACACAUGCUCCCCAUUGUUAAGCAUACCUGGACUUCAUCACCACCCUAAUUACUCUCCCUUCAUAUAGCCCUCACCAACCUCAGUCAUCAGGCAGUUUUGGUUCUGUAUUCAUGUCCAGAAGCUUCUCUUGUUUUCUAACUCUAUGUUCGUUAUUAUUAAACUCACCAUCUGCACCUGCUUUCUGACUCCCUGCGUCGUUGUUACAGUUUUCUGUACGGCUUCACUGAAGGAUCAUGCCUAAGUGUCCUAGACAACACACACACUCAACAGAGACCAACGACUGAUUGCUCACACCAAAGGAAAAUACUCUUCCCCCUCUACCAGAGACCAGAACCAAGAAAACAUGGGUGGUCAAACAAUGAGUACAGUGGAAAAGAUACAGAAAGAAAGGCUAAAUAUAAAUGAUCAGAUGAAAAUUUAAAAAUGUGGGCAUUGACAAAGCUCUGCUGCAAUUCUCAGGUGCCAGGUAGACCCAGGGUCCCUGGUCUUCUCUAUAGUGAUAGACAGAGCUGUAGCUGCCAUUAACACUCCAGAGGAUAGCACAGACGAUCUGCUGCGUCGUGUCUUUGCUGAGGAGAAGGUCUCCGCUGUGAGAGAUCAAAUGGAUGAGUACCUCAAGAGGCAACACAUGCACAUACGCAACAAGGCAGAGCUGCAGAGUGACAUCAAGCAUGUGGAAUGUGACCUGAGAUUUGCCCUGACA